AUAAUGAGCAAAACGCGGCAAAAUGACAAAACGUCAGUAUUUUGCCGCAAUGAUUAGCCUCAACAAGCCUUUUCACAUCGGCAAUAGUGUUGUUAUUGAUGUUAUUACCUCUUUGUCGUAUGUCAGCUGAGGUUACAUCACACCGAACUCUCUCUCAUUUCUCUUUCACUCAGCGCCAAUAACAGUCGUCCCGCCUUGUUCCUCUUCUCUUCAUCUCUCUCUCUUCCUUCGUUCGCGCUGCCUCUUAUCGCGUCGGAAUCUGGAGGUGUUUAUCGCGCCGCUGUGACGUCACUCGCGGCGGGCGCGGAUGGGCCUGCUUGCCAGUGCGCCAUGAGCAGCCGUGGUGAAGAGGUGUGUGCGUGCAACCGCUCCUCGCAGCACGUACAGUAGGUAGUGGUAAAGGAAAAUCGACCAAUAAGGAAGCGCAGGAUUGAAGGAAAAGGACAUCCACACGAAGCCAAGCGGUUCGUCCAGAGACGCGGGAAAAAAGGAGCCAGGACACAGGACAAAGGCGCAGGCGCGGCCACAGCAAGGUGAACCACUCUGCGGCCGAGGGCGAGUUGGCUCUCGAGGCGCGGCGAGGGGACGCGGAGCCUCCAGUCGCCCCGGGAGGUCGAGCGAGCGAGCCGACGAGUGCGUGUCCGCCGCAGGAAGCGUCCUUGCCCACAGCGAGAGGGCAGCGCCGUCGUGAGGUUCCUCUGACACACGAAAGGGAGCCUUGCUUGCCACCACCUUGACGAGCCUCGAGCGACGCCGACGGAGAGCGCGCGGACGGGAAGUCCCGACGGCGACCAUGCGGCAGAAGGCGGAGGACGCCCGAAGGGGCUCCACCGACGGCAAGCAUGAGAAGUCGGUGAAGCUGCCGCGGCGCAUGUCGGCCAGCGUGGCCAAGCAGGAGACGCGCUGGGGCAUGAGCAAGGAGACGAGGAGCGGCCUCAAGGUGACGGCGCUCUGGAUCACCUACCUGCUCCUCGGCAGCGUCGCCUUCAUCUACCUCGAGCAGACCACCACCACCGCCGCCGCGCCCAAGGACCACCACCACUGGGCCAGGUUCAAAGGUAAGGACGCUUUGCUUUCGUCUGGGGUCGUCGGGCCAGCGUAGGGACUCCCGAGGUCG